CGAGUGCCCACUCCCGCUCACACCAUAUACCAGAAUGGCCGCCCCUCUGAACCUACACUUCCAAAACCAGAAGACGAAGAAGAACAUCUACCACCGUGAGGGCCGUAAAGGUGCUCAGACGAAAGUCUUCGACCUCGACUCCAUCCUCGGGAACGAUAAUGGUUCCGCUCGGUGGGGCUGGCGCGGUAUCAGCUUGUCUGCAGAUGAGAUGAAGCUCGAAGGUCAUAUCCUCAAGGCGAGGCUUGCUACGCUCGGCGCGACGACCUGGGUUCCUGUCGAGGUCGACUUGAGCAAGCACCUUAAGGCUGUCGGCGACAAGCUCGAAGCGUACGCUCUUCCUAUCAUUCCCCAGGAGGAACUGGCCGCUUUGGAGAAGCAAGCAAAGGACCUCGAGGAGGGGAUCUCUGCUCAGAAGAAGCAGAGGGAGGAGAUUGCCAAGGAGGCCGAUACUCGCGAGAAGCUAGCCGAAGAGAUGAAGAAGCAGCAGGGAGAGAAAGACAAGGCCUUCGCCGCCGAAAUCGCUGCAGACGUUGUGCACGAUGCCGAGGAGCUCCGCAAGGAUAUGGAAGCCGAACAACGUCAUGCCGAGGCUGAGGCGGCUCUGAAGCGCGAGGCAGUUGAGAAGGAGGCUCUGUACCUCGCUGAAGAGGCCGUUCUCGAAUCCCGCAAUGCUCAAAUUCUCCGCGCUGCCGAGCUCGAAGUCAGCGGCUUCGUCUCCCAAGCCGAGACAAGCGAGGCCAGAGAGCUCCAGACCGCCCACGACCGCAUGAAAAUCGAGGAGCAGCUUUCGCUCGCCCAGAAGAAGCUUGCAGAAGAAGCUGCCGUCAUCGCCGCACGCGAACUCAACAUGAGCAAGACCUUUGGCGAUCAUGCUUGGCUCAACUCUGAGAUCAAAGAACGUGAUCUCAAGAUGGCGUACAUGUUCCGCGAGAAGACCGAACUCUACCGCGAGCUCAGCCAGUCUCAUGAGCGCUUCACCACCCUCGACAUGCAGCGCCUUACCAUGAGCGAGGAGCACAACCGUAUCCGUUCCGUGUAUGCGACACUCAUGGAUACGUACAAGAAGACCACUAUGAAGCUCACGAGGGUGCAGGCAGAAUGCAGGAAGCAGAAGGCUGAGCUCGAGCACGUCCACGAAGAGAAAUCUCGAUUCCAGAGCAAGUGCACCACGCUUGAAGCAGAGAUCGACGAGCUUCGCGCGGAAAACAUCGCUCUGAAGACGCUGACCACCACGCUCAAAGCGGAGCGCAGCUCUAUUCGCGCAAAGUUCGAGAAGGCCCAGACUACGCUCACCGGCCAGGAGUCCGUCAUCAAGCACUCGGAGAUGUGGAAGGUCCUCUUCGAACAGCAGGUCCAAACUCUGAGGAAGGAGCUCUCCGACGUAACUUCGGUGAUGACGAGGCUCGAGCAGAGCUAUCAGGAUACUCGCAUCGCUUUCCGUGCCGUCAGUUCCCAGAAGGAGAAACUGCAAUCCGAACUCGUCGCGGUGAAGUACUCCAAGACGUCCGUCGAAGCGCGUGUUGUGGUCGUGGAGGAAGCUCUGCAGGCAGCUCGGUUUGAGCUGUCUCAACUUUCCAGGUCCUUCGAGGAGAAAGAAGACGAACUCCGGGCUAUGGCUGGCGUUAAGGCCGUCCUGGAACGUCGGCUGUCCGGAUUGAGCAUGUCCCACAGCCAGGAACGGCACGUCAGUCGUAGUAUCUCGGAACGUCUUGCGCAUGUACAAGGCAGUAUGGUCGAAAGCGUGGACUGGAUGUACGACAUGCGAAACGAGCUGGGCGAGGAGUCCAAGUACGUGUAUCUCCACUAUUUGCAGAAUGGGGGGAGCGUGGGGCUUGGUCUGCAGUCACCGCCUCUCGCACGCUUGCCGAGUUAUCGCAGUGCGCUUAACAGCCCCGAAGGGAGUCCGGAGAGGGCGGCCGUCCCCCCUCUUAAGGAGGUUAUUGAGUACUCUACACAGGCGGGUGAGGUAAAGGUGGGUGAUGUGAAGGCUGUGAGGAUUGCAGAGCUCGAGGAGACUAAGAUCAAGGAGGUGCCUGUUGUCGCUGUCUGAACAUGUUGCUAAUCGAUACCCGCUCGCGAUUUUUACUGCCUGUCUUAUCGAUGUCGUUUCUGCGAGAUAGCUCUUCAGGGCAUCACCACGUUCCUUGCCUAUGAUAUGAUCAAUUUAGCCUCCCCCAUGUACGUUUGUCACCCGCAGAAUGC